AGAAGUCAACCCCCUUUCAUCAGCAAAAGGUCCAACGCGUGGAAACCAGAAAUUUCCACUUAAAAAAGCGAUCUUUUUGUUUUUGGUUCUGGUUCUGGUUCUGAUUGAUGACUUCGAGCAAUUAAAAAAACAAUUUUCGUUCUGACGAUGAAGGAGCUGCGUUAAAUAAGCUUCACCAAUCAUUGAAGAUCAAAGGGGCUUUCAACAACAAACAGAUCCCUAAUAUAAAUAAAGGAGAGGCAAUCAGUCGUACCCAAUGAAUUCAUGCCAUUUUCAAAACCCGCACCACCUCUCACCCCUUUCCCCCCUUCACCGCCGCCGAUAACUCCGGCGAUCUUCCGUCGAUGGUAUGCCCUACGGUCGGCGCCUGUUCGAAGUUAUGAAGCUCCUGAGCUGGCUAGGCUGCUGCCGGCGAAGAAGGCCCGGGAGAUUCGGCGGAGGAGGGGAAGGAGGAGAUGGAGUCGGAGGAAAGGAUAAAGAGGUAAGUUGUCUUCCUUCUUGGAACCUGUUCAUCGACCUCGCUACGCUGGAAGCCGCCACUGAUAACUUCUCGGAUGCAAAUCUCCUCGGCCGCGGAGGCUUCGGUCCUGUCUACAAGGGAGUGAUGGCCAAUGGGCAGGAGAUUGCAGUGAAGCAACUGGCGCUCGACUCGCGACAAGGGGUAAGAGAAUUCACCAAUGAGGUGAGGCUACUUCUUAAGGUUCAGCACCGUAAUCUAGUCACCCUACUUGGCUGCUGCGCCGCUCCGGGAGAGAAGAUGCUAGUCUACCCCUUCUUACCUAACCGCAGCCUCGACCAUUUCCUAUUUGAUAAGACCAAGCAGACCUCAUUGAACUGGUCAAAGCGUUUUGAGAUUAUUUGGGGAGUUGCAAAAGGUCUCCUUUAUCUUCAUGAAGAGUCACCAGUAAAGAUCAUACAUAGAGAUAUCAAGGCUAGCAAUAUCCUGCUUGAUGAACAACUUAGCCCAAAAAUCUCAGACUUUGGUUUGGCAAGGCUUUUUUCAGGCGAUGAAACUCAUAUCAACACUUUUAAAAUAUCUGGUACCUAUGGUUACAUGGCUCCUGAGUACGCCUUAAAUGGCUACUUGUCCCCAAAGAGCGACGUCUUCAGCUUUGGAGUCCUCUUGUUGGAAAUUGUUAGUGGAAGGAAGAAUCUGGAUCGUCUGCUUGGUGAAGAGAAGGCCGACCUCUUGAGCUAUGCAUGGAACCUCCACAAAGAUGGGAAGGUAUUAGACAUCAUGGACUCCAACCUCUCCUCCUACAGCACCGACGAAGCUUUUCUAUGCAUCCAAAUCGGUCUCCUGUGCUGCCAGGCCAUCGUAUCCGAUCGACCGGACAUGUACAACGUUCAUCUCAUGCUCUCCAGCGACUCGUUCAACCUGCCAAACCCCGGCAUGCCGGGAAUAAGGGGAAGGACUGGAGGUUGGAUUAGCACCUCUUCAGCUCUCUCAAACACCAACACAGACAAACGUAGUAGCACAAAUACUGGCACUGAAAUAACUAAGGUAUCCACUUUGUCUAAUUUAGGGGAAUCCUCAUCAAGUUCUACUUUGUACAGUACUGUAGAAGACUAUUCAAGGAAUUCAAUUUCUGUUUCUUUGACUUCUGCUGGAAGGUGAUGGCUUUCUGAACAGGAUUUAGGAACUUUUGAUUGUGCACAGACUUUUAUGGAAUAGAAAUGUGAAUGCAUUGCAGUUGGUUCUUUUGAUUGAUUUGGUUUAGUUUCAAUCAGAUGGGGCCCCAAGACUUUCAUAUUUACAUAUGUAUGGCUCAAAGCAUUGUGUUAAUUCAUGUAAAUCAAGCGAGUUAACACCAUAAAAGGGAAAAAUAUUU